CAAAACUGAAUCGUCUGCUGUCAUGCUUUGAGUAUCAGAGUUACAUUGGCGCGAGAUUGUUGCAUGUUGUUUAAAGCUGGAGAGAAGGAACACGACCUCUACUCCCUUGCAACAGAUAACGAUCCAUAAUCAUUAUUUUCUCUAUUAUCAAUGAAAUCAUUCUCAUUGUGAGUAAAGUGUGAAGUCUCAGUGUUAGGAGAAAGAUUGUAAAAUACUUCAAUAGGAGUACAUAUCACUGAUAUCAGAUUUUGAAAAUGUCGAGAAUCGACCAACUUUCUAUUACAGGAAUUCGAAAUUUCUCGUCUGAUAGUGCUGAGGUCAUAAAAUUUGAACCUCCAGUAACACUUAUUUUGGGAAAGAAUGGCAGCGGCAAAACAACUAUUAUUGAAUCCCUCAAAUAUGCCACCACUGGAGAAGUGCCAUCUGGAACUGGUAGAGGACAAUCAUUUAUCCAUGAUCCUAACCUAUCAACAAAUAAAAUUUCUAUAGGUUCUAUAAAGCUACAAUUCUUUGAUGAGCACAACAAUAAAUUCAUUGUUACACGCUCCAUGGAAGCACGAAUACUGAAAUCUAAGAUGGAUUUCAAAACAAUUGAUGGUACCAUCUCUAUAGUCCAGCCUGAUGGAACGCUAAAAAGCCACAAGAACAAAAAUAAUGACCUGAAUACAUUUGUUUGCAACACACUUGGUGUUUCUAAAGCACUGUUAAACAAUGUGUUGUUCUGCCAUCAGGAAGAUUCAAAUUGGCCAUUGGAAGAAGCAAAAAAAGUCAAAGACAAAUUUGAUGAUAUUUUCAAUACCACAAGGUAUGUCAAAUGCCAGGACGAAAUUAGGAAACAAAUGAUUGAAGUUAAAGCCAAGAUGAAGGAUAUUGAGAAAAUGGUGGAUCGUUACAAAAUGCAAAAGGAUCAAGCUGAAGAGUUUCAAAAUGAUCAACGUCGACAUACUGAACGUAAAGCGAUCUUAGAAGCGGAGAUGCAACAACUCCAAAAGACCAAAACUGAACUUGACGCCAAGUUAAAACAGAGUAUGGAUCAGUAUAGGGAAGCCGAAAAGACGAAAGCGGAAAUUCAAAGGAAAAAAGUUCGUAUGGAGGAGCUGGAGCGUAAUCGGCAUGACUUGGAGUCGGAUAUUACUCGGGUCAUCACAGCCAGUGUUGAAGAUUUGGAACGAGAAAUUCAACGAUUUCAGAUGACCAAGGGUGAACGAGAGAAAGAACUUAAUGUUCUACAAAGAGAAUUACAGCGGGUGGAUCAAAGUGGAAAAAUAAACGCUGCAGCACAACAAGAACAGCUUGUGCAGUUAGGAAAGCUGCAAUCUGAAGAGGAGCAGCAUAAUAACCGUAUUAAAGAACGCGAUUGCCUUCUGAGCAAUUUGGCUCGCAGUUAUCAAUGGCCUGGCCAUUCUGCAUUCCCGUCAAACCAGCCACUCAGCUCUGUCCAAGUUUCUCAAUAUCAAGAUCUGCUCAAGCAAACUGUUGAACAAGAAAAGCAUAAAGAAUCAGUCUUGAAACAAGAAUUGGAAAAUGAAGAAAGGAGACUCCUUAAUUCCCUUAACAAACUAAGAGAAGAGUGUGUGCGUCUCGAACAAGACAUUAAAGCAAAAGACACAUUUCUGAAUACUUGUCAGAGAGAAUUGUCCGAGAUAGAAGCCAAACUAGACGCUAUGGAAGAGAACUCUCGUCAAAUGACUAUUCUGGAACGUCAGCAAGUGGAAGCACAGACAUUGGUUGAUCGUGCAAAACAGGAGCUGAACGAAGAUGAAUUAAUUCGCAACAUUGAUCGAGCCAAGUCUGAAAAAGUGAUGCAGGAAGCCGAACUUGACCAUUGUCGUUCACAACUAAAGAAAGUAAUGGGCCAAAGAGACAUUCGAGUGAAACUUGAAAUGCAUCAAAAGGAUUUGUCUAGUAAAAGAACUCAAGAACGUCGGCUGAUGUCGCGAGAAACAGUGGAAGAUGCUAUAAAAAUUCUUGUUGGCAAUAACGCGAAUCAGGACAAUUUGCUUUCUUACUACAAUGGUCGUUUGAAGUCGAUAACUGCUUCGCUUUCAAGUAAGCAGCAUAACUUGACCAAACUGGGUCAAGAAGGAGCAACUUGCGAAGCCAACUUACGAAACAUUCGUAGUCAGUUAGAUUCUAAACAAUCCGAGUUGUCGGCCCACCAACAAAAAUUGAAGAACGCUGGGAGUUCUGGCGCUACUGAACUUGAAAAUGACAUUGCCCGACUAGCGCUAGAAAUUCAGGAUUUGGAUGAUCAGCGCGGAUUAGUCCAUGGCUCAGAAAAGAUGUACAAUCACUUCAUUGAAAAAAUGGAAAAACAGCGUGCUCACGCAGACUGCCCGCUUUGCCAUCGUGAAUUUGAUGAUGCCGAUGAAUCACUAGUACUGGUUGAUGAACUGAAAGGCCGAGUCGAAGCUAUGCCUACUAAGAAAGCGGAUUUAGAUCGCAAAAUCGCAGAGAAAAAAAGUAAGCAUGGCCAGCUACUCCAAUUGCGACCGGUCGCACAAUCUAUAGCUAAGUUGGCCGAAGCAGAAAUCCCUAAGCUGGAGUCCGGAUUGAAAGAUCUCGAAAGCCGUUCCAGCAUCAUUCAGGUUGAUCUGAGAGAUCUGGAGGAGUCUAUUGAGUUUCUAAAAAAUGAGGAAGAUAUUGGAAAGAAAGCCCAUCCAGACAUCAUUCAGCUAGAUGCCGUCAAGACUGACAUAAAGAAGCUGCAGUCUCUAGUUGACAAUAUCCAGGCCCAGCUAGGUCUUUCAGGAGCUGAAGGCAGUUUAACGGUGGAAGAAGUUCAGGAGCAGGUAGAAAAGGCCGAGGCGUCCUAUCGGUUGACAACGCAAAGCAUCGAGUCUAUGAAUGACAGAUACAAUGGACAUCAAAAUAAACUCACGCAGUUGCAGCAAAACGUGAAUCGCCUAAUGGAGCGCAAGCUUCAGUUGAACAACAAUUUACAACAGCGAGGUAAUCUGUUGGAGCGCAAGACAACUUUAGAGACAGAUAUCGAGAAAGCGCGUCUCGACGUCGAAGAAUGGAAACAGAAUCUUCAACCAAUGGUUGCCAAACAGUUGGCGGCUCAAGCCACACAUGUCGAUUCACAGAAGAAACGCAAUUCCUUAACUGAGCAAGCAAGAAGAAAGGUUGAGGAAUUGUUGAACCAACUUCGUGCGCUGGCCAGUUUCGAUAAGGAAAUCGAAAAGUGGAGUGCAGACGGCAAAGUUGCUCAACUGCAACACAGUCAGCAAGAGGUCGAACGGCUAAAAGUGGAAAAAUUGGCGCUGGAGCAACGAAAAAUGGAAAUUCAGGAAAACGCGAAGAAAAUUGAGUUAGCUCUAAGCAACUGUGAAAACGAAGAAAGGAAUUUGCGAAACAAUCUCAAACUAAUUGUCAAUACGACCGACAGGCAGGUUGUCAAGCAAGAACUUGAUCAACUCAUUGCCACAUUGGAAACCUUUAAACUGCAGCAACUAGUAAAAGAGAUCCAAAGACUUGAAGAACACUUGGAACGUUGCAAGAUCAGGUUAGGCGAAUUAAAUGGAACAUUCCAAGAAAUCGAGAAAAGCAUUCGUGAGCUUGAAGUGAAAUUGCGGCGUGAGGAAUUCGCUACAGCGGAGGAGCGGUACUUGGAUCAGGUCAAGGAUUUUGAAAUUCACCAGGGUAUCAGCGAGGAUCUCGCUAAUUUUUAUAAUGCCCUCGAGUCCGCACUCAUGAAAUUCCACAAAGAGAGGAUGAGCGUCAUCAAUAGAAUGGUUCGUGAAAUGUGGCACUCCACAUACAAAGGCAAAGAUAUCGACUACGUUGAAAUUCAUGCAGAGGAGUCGGGUGCAUUGGGCGUUAAUUCGCGUCGCCAGUAUAACUACAGAGUCGUCAUGGUUAAAAAUGGGGUCGAAAUGGAUAUGAGGGGGAGGUGCAGUGCCGGACAAAAGGUUUUGGCAUCAUUAAUCAUUCGAAUGGCAUUAGCUGAGGCUUUCAGUUCAAAAUGUGGCGUUUUAGCUUUGGACGAGCCUACAACUAAUUUAGAUGAAGAUAACAUUGCAAGUUUGAGCGAUACUAUUUUGGAGCUAUCCAACGCGAUUACCCGUCAGAAGCGAAAAUUCCAACUGAUUGUUAUUACUCACGACGAAAAAUUUUUGGAACGAAUGUCGCGUGAUAAACGGAUGGAAAAAUUUUACCGAGUUGAUCGCAAUCGAUUCAAUUUGUCCGAAAUCCGACAGUACGACGUCAUGGGUGGAUCCCAGUCAACAAAUAUAGUCAAGAAAAUGCUAAAAUAAUCCAAGGAAUCGUUUGAAAAUCAAGUAUAAUAGUUGAUGCGAUUACCUUGUUUGAUAAUAACCAGUUAUCCAUCCGUCUUUAAGACCAAGAAGUUUGUUUAUCUAUGCUGUUCUUCGGAAGAAUUAAACGAGUUUCUCAAUAAAAAUGUCAUAGUUUC